AUGAAUUUAAACGAAGCUCUUCUUUGCAACAGAAGUACAUUAAAAUACACGAAUUAAAUAAAAAAGUUGACCAUUAAUCUAGAAUGCUUCUCGACAGUUGAAACUUUACUUCUGGUAGUGAUGAUAAGUCUAUUCGCUUUUAUGAUUUAUUUCUUCAGAUAAAAAAUAGAAAGAUCAUCUACCAUAACUUAAAUUACCUUUAAUUUAAAACAACUCACUUGCAGAAAGUAUUAAUUUUUAAGUUAUUUUUAGUUAGGUCAUAUAUUAAUAUCCCCUUGUAUCCCAAUCCAUAAAUUUCAAGCAAAAGGGACUGUGA